AUGGAAAUAAUCUCCAAGCAAGAUCCAACUUUUACAAACCAGGUCGAUGAGAUUACCACGCUUAAUAAAAAUCUCGUGAAUUCAAGUGAUUUGUACUUGAAAUUUCAUAGCCUCAAUAAGCAUUUGGAAUUCCUUGAGCUCCAGCAGGAUUAUAUAAAGGAUGAGCAGAGGCAUUUGAAGACUGAAUUGAUUAGAGCCCAAGAGGAAGUUAAGCGUAUUCAAUCAGUUCCACUCGUCAUUGGCCAGUUCUUAGAAGCCAUCGAUGAAAACACUGGCAUCGUUGGAUCUACAACUGGCUCAAAUUACAUUGUUAGAAUUCUCUCCACUCUCGACAGAGAACUUCUCAAACCAAACUCAUCCGUCGCCCUUCACCGUCACUCAAACGCACUCGUUGACAUUCUCCCUCCAGAAGCUGAUAGCUCCAUUUCUCUCCUCAGCGAUAACGAGAAACCUACUGAAUCUUACAUGGACAUUGGUGGUAUGGAUACCCAAAAGCAAGAGAUCCGAGAGGCUGUUGAAUUGCCGUUGACUCACUUUGACCUUUACAAGCAAAUUGGUAUUGAUCCUCCACGUGGUGUUCUCCUCUAUGGUCCUCCAGGCACUGGUAAAACCAUGCUUGUUAAAGCUGUCGCUCACCACACAACCGCCGCUUUCAUUCGUGUAAAUGGUUCUGAAUUCGUUCAAAAGUACCUCGGUGAAGGUCCUCGUAUGGUUAGAGAUGUUUUCAGACUCGCAAGGGAAAAUGCUCCUGCUAUCAUAUUUAUUGAUGAGAUUGAUGCUAUUGCAACAAAGCGUUUCGACGCUCAAACUGGCGCUGAUAGGGAAGUUCAACGUAUUCUUUUAGAAUUACUCAAUCAGAUGGAUGGUUUCGAUCAAGAUAGUAAUGUUAAAGUAAUCAUGGCCACUAACCGCGCAGAUACUCUCGAUCCUGCUCUCUUACGUCCAGGUAGAUUGGACAGAAAGAUUGAAUUCCCUGUGCCUUCAAGACGUGAAAAGCGUCUAAUCUACCAAACAAUCACCUCAAACAUGAACAUUGGAGCUGAUGUCGAUCUCGAAGACUUUGUGUCUAGACCUGAUAGGAUAUCGUGUGCUGAGAUAUCAUCCAUCUUGCAAGGCAGUGGAAUGAAUGCAAUCAGGAAUAACUCUUACGUCGUAUUGACGCCGCAUAUCGAAGAGGCUUACAGCUCAGUGGUGAAGAAGUCUGACGAUACACUAGAGUUCUAUAGGUAA